AGCUCGACAACUGUCUCUCUGUAGCUCAGUUGGUUAGAGCUCGACAACUGUCUCUCUGUAGCUCAGUUGGUUAGAGCUCGGCAACUGGCCUCUGUAGCUCAGUUGGUUAGAGCUUGACAACUGUCUCUCUGUAGCUCAGUUGGUUAGAGCUCGGCAACUGGCCUCUGUAGCUCAGUUGGUUAGAGCGCUGCACCGGAAUAGCACGUUCGAUUCCUGCCACGGACCUGUAGUUGCAUUUUCCGCUUCUGUUCGUAAUUGGUUAGGUGUAAUAAAUGUAGCUACAUAAAUUUCCACUCGACUGUCGGUGAAUUAAUGAACUGAAGAUAUUUCUCCAGUUAUGUAUAGGUAUCAGAGCGCUGAGGAUAUUUCUCCAGUUAUGUACAGAUAUCAGAGAGCUGAUGAUAUUCCUCCAGUUAUGUAUAGAUAUCAGCAUAGGGAAGGCAUUAAUCCAGUAACAUUUAGAGGUCAACGAAUUGAAGAUUCCACUCCAGUUGCACCACGGUUAAUAGGUUGCACAUGCAGCUCAGUGGACACAUUUCGAAAAUUUUACACGAAGUACCUCGACGCAAACAUCGCCGGCGCAACUCUCCCGAAGUGACGUUUUGUAUAUUUGUAAUUUCUUUCGAGCAAAGCUCAAAUAUUGUUCGUUCAAACUUCACGAAGCGUGAAGAAAUAGAUUAAAACAUCGCUUUAAGAGCCACGAUCGCGACCAAAUGACGCAUGUCUUUUGACUCGAACCAGCACGGAAAUGACAGCUCGAAUUUAACGGCGAAUUUGACCAAAAGAAAAGGGAAAAAAUCCGAUCGAAACGGCCAGUAUUCGAACGGUGCUCACCUCCCUGACGUUCAAAUGGUCCCUAAAAUUCGUGUGGUUUCGGGCGGCUAUGAACCGGUCACUGUCAUCCAAGAGGACCGAUCUGCUAGUGAUCUUGAAAAUGGCGAUGCUUUUGCCCAAACAGACGAACAUCAGCUUGAAAAUGGCCAUUUAGUUGAACAAAAUUUUGAAAAUGAAAUUGGUGAUGCGAAAGCCAAGGAAGAAACUUCUUUUACUAUAGCUUUUGAAGUUUUGAUACCGUUUCUCAUAGCUGGUUUAGGCACUGUUGGUGCCGGAUUAUUAUUGGAUAAAGUACAGGUAUAAAUAUUUAUGAUAUUGUAUGAAUUUAAUAUACCUCUGUAAAAUCCGCCGAUGAGAAAAGUUGAAAAUUUUUUUAUGUUGACUCAUUUUAUUUAAUUGGUUAAUAUCCAAUAAUUAAAAUUGGAAUUAUUGCUAGGCCUUAAG